AUGUCCUUAAGUACUUCCAAAGCAGCUUUUCAGGUUCUGUCCAGGGUUGUGCCUCAAUCUGGGUAUAACGAGCCUUUUGUGAACACUUCCCAGUUGCGAGCAAAAUGUAUGAAGAAAAAAUCCUCAAUGCAUAGGUAUUUUAUCGAGAGUUCUAGCGUGUUUCAAAGCCAGUCAAGACCUCAUCGAUUUCCGUUGACUGGUGUUAGUUUCUAUGACUAUAAGACCUAUAGUCAUCCAUGGUUGCAGACAUGCAAAUGCCAAAAGGCUGAAAAUUUGAGUGGCAUAACUUCGAAUGAUGUUGAAAAAUCAAAUUUGGUAAGCAAUGUGAUGAGUGCAAAGUCUGUCGUAGAGCUUCAAGAUGUUGAACUGUUGAAACAGGAAACAGAGGUUUUGUCAUCUGAUGUUAGAAAUGGAACUAUUGCAAAAUCCUUUGACAAAAUUAGCCUCAACUCCAUCGAGGAUGAAGCAUGGGAUCUACUGAGGGAGUCUGUAGUUUAUUAUUGUGGCAAUCCUAUUGGAACUAUUGCUGCAAAGGAUCCUAACAGUUCCAAUGUUUUGAAUUAUGACCAGGUCUUUAUUCGUGAUUUCAUUCCUUCUGGAAUCGCUUUCCUAUUGAAGGGAGAGUAUGAUAUUGUUCGUAAUUUCAUUCUUUAUACACUUCAGUUGCAGAGCUGGGAGAAAACAAUGGAUUGUCACAGUCCAGGACAAGGUCUGAUGCCUGCUAGUUUUAAGGUUCGGACAGUUCCUCUGGAUGGUGACGACUCUGCAACAGAAGAGGUUUUGGAUCCUGACUUUGGAGAGGCAGCCAUCGGCCGUGUUGCGCCUGUUGAUUCUGGGUUGUGGUGGAUUAUUUUACUACGAGCAUAUGGAAAAUGCUCUGGGGAUUUAUCAGUACAGGAGAGAGUUGAUGUGCAAACAGGAAUUAAGAUGAUUUUGAAGUUGUGUCUUGCUGAUGGCUUUGACAUGUUCCCAACAUUAUUAGUAACUGAUGGUUCUUGCAUGAUAGAUCGGAGGAUGGGCAUACAUGGGCAUCCUUUGGAGAUUCAGGCACUGUUUUAUUCUGCCUUACUUUGUGCGCGUGAGAUGCUUACUCCAGAGGAUGGGUCAGCUGAUCUACUACGGGCACUGAACAAUCGGCUGGUAGCUCUUUCAUUUCAUAUUAGAGAGUAUUAUUGGAUUGAUUUGAAAAGAUUAAAUGAAAUUUACCGUUACAAGACAGAGGAGUACUCGUAUGAUGCAGUUAAUAAAUUCAACAUAUACCCAGACCAGAUUUCCCCUUGGUUAGUAGAAUGGAUGCCGAACAAAGGAGGCUACUUAAUUGGUAACUUACAACCCGCUCACAUGGAUUUCCGGUUUUUUUCUCUGGGAAACUUGUGGUCUGUGGUUAAUAGUUUGGCCACAGAGGAACAAUCACAUGCCAUAUUGGAUCUUAUCGAAGCCAAAUGGUCGGAUUUGGUAGCGGACAUGCCACUCAAGAUAUGUUAUCCUGCUCUUGAAGGUCAGGAGUGGCAGAUAAUCACCGGCAGUGAUCCUAAGAAUACGCCUUGGUCCUACCAUAAUGCAGGCUCCUGGCCAUCACUGCUCUGGCAGCUCACGGUUGCAUGCAUAAAGAUGAACAGACCACAUAUUGCUGCAAAAACUGUUGAAAUUGCUGAGAGACGUAUAUCAAGAGACAAGUGGCCAGAAUAUUAUGACACGAAAAGAUCUAGAUUCAUUGGAAAACAAUCUCAACUGUAUCAAACAUGGUCGAUUGCGGGAUACCUUGUGUCAAAGCUGCUGCUUGCAGAUCCAAGUAAAGCAAACAUACUGAUAACUGAAGAGGAUUCUGAACUUGCAAAUGCUUUUAUUAGUGCCAACCCGAGAGGAAAGCGCGGGAGGAAAAAUAUGAAGCAGACCUACAUUGUAUGAGUCUUUAAUUGCAAUUCAUUUGGUUCUUUUUGGCCAGCUGAUAGGUUUAUGUCCCAUUUAUUAUUCAUAAUCUACAUUUUUCUUCUGAUUAGCAGCAUAUUCAUAUAUAGGGUUGGUUAUGAUGAAACUGUCUUAUACUAGUCAUUGUGUAUAUGUAAUUGAAACAUGAUGUCAAUACUUCAGGAUUAAGUAGCAUACGGAAGAUACAGUUAAUCUAGAAUGAGAAACUUUUGUGCUACAUUUCUAUAGAAAAUGUUUUCCCCCCAA